AUGUCUGCAUUCGCAGGUGAAGAUACAAUCAAGAAUAUCAAUUUCACAGGAGGGUUUCCUGGUCGAAGAGAUUUCGCUCCUUCUAUAGUAUUCCUUAUAGCUUAUGCGAUCACGAUACCCAUUCUUUUACUUCGAAUCACACGAAAAUCCGAUAGAACAGUCAUCUUACUUCGACCCACUUUAUUCGUAGCCGCCAGAGUUGGAUCAUUGAUAUUGAGAAUAAUCAUGUCAAGGCAUAGUUAUGGUAUUUCAUCUCUGAUCGCCGAAUUGGUGUUGAUUUCAGUUGGAUACAUAUUCCUCAUUGACCCAUUCAUCCAAUCAUGGGCAAGACACGUUGAAGGGAAUGUACCCAGAUCUGAAAGACCAAGUUGGGUCAAGCCCUUACGAUGGACACUAUGGGGUCUUUUACUGGUCUCAAUCAUAAUAACGGUAAUUGCGGGAGCUGUCACUUCUGAUGCAUUCAAAUCGAAAGCUUGGCUUAAUUCAGUCAAGGGAUUAAGGCAGACUGGAUAUUACUUAACAUUGAUCGUUAUCGUGUUCUUGGCGAUAGUGACGAUAUUCACUCAUUUCCACUUCCGACUGCCCAUCUUCAAGACACUCUAUAUCCUCACUCCAACAUGCUGCUUAAUGAUCGUAGCUAUAUAUAGGAUCGUUCAAACUCACACUACGAGCCCAAACGCUCCUGUCAGAUCGUUGACUGCAUUCUGGAUCUUGCAAAUGACAUUUGAGUAUAUCGCAUAUUUAUUCGUUAUAGCUGUAUCCUUACCCAGAUUCUUCCCUGGAGAAACAGUAUCUCCCACUGAGACAGCAACCGAAAGAAGGGGAUCAAGAAAUAAACUCCUCCAUAGAGAGAAACACCAAUCGCCAGAAGCCGAACAUAAUAAUCAAAUAGCCAGCCCUGGACUUAGUGAAGAAGGACCCGAUCCAAGGUGGUAUGAUAGGUUAUUGGUUGUGAAAUUCGUAAAAUGGAUCAAAAAGCGAAAUGCUGCUAAAAGGCAGGAAAGUCAAGUUUGA